AUGUCCCCUGCACCUACUUCACGUGCCAUCCUCCGACAAACCCGAUUUCUCCUCCGGCGAAACAACCUCAGACAAGCUUCCACAACCUCAGAGGCAGCGACGAAAGCAAAGGAGACGGCAUCACAAACAACUUCUAAAGCUUCAGAAGGCUUGUCGAAGGUUACGUCGUCGGCGGGUGGUAUUAUCGGCUCAGCGGCUUCAAGGGCACAAAAUGUGAUGAGCAGAGUGGGCGGACGGACUGGCAGACUUGUUUCUUUUGUUCAAACCUUAAUUCCGCCUACCGUGUAUUAUGCUCGCGUUGGCCUCGAGCUUUCAAAGCUUGUCUUCCAAGGACAGAAGAUGUCUCUACCAUCUCUCUCCCACAUCCAAUCUUACCUCCAACCAGUCAUAAAUGUCGCUAGGGACCCGAAAAGUCUCAUGUCACGCGCUAGCUCUACCUCCAAUUACAUCAACCCGGAAACGAUACUCAGCAACGUCCGAAACACCAAUCGACAGCAGUUGAUCUCUCUCAGCGUGAUCGGCGCAGAAUUAUUGGGAUUUUUCACAGUGGGAACGAUGAUAGGCAGGAUGAAGAUUGUAGGCUAUCAUGGCCAGCCGAGCCAUGAGCAUUGA